AUGCGCAUGCGUCUUACGUACCGUUCUAAUUUCCGUUUUCGUUCUUUUUCUGUAUGCCCAUCUAUCUAUCUAUCUAUCUAUCUAUCUAUCUAUCUAACAAAUAAGACAAAAUGUUCUAAAAUUAUUUUCUCAACUCAAAGUUUCGUAGAGGUAUCCAGUCAGAUAUUUUCUUCUUCUUCUUCUUCUUCUUUACUGAUACCGUUUGAUCUAUCUAUCUAUCUAUCUAUCUAUCUAUCUAUCUAUCUAUCUAUCUAUCUAUCUAUCUGCCUGUCUGUCUAUCUAUCUAUCUAUCUAUCUAUCUAUCUAUCUAUCUAUCUAUAUCUAUAUAUAUAUAUAAGAUUAACUCCACCGAAGUGUUUCAUUAUCUAUCUAUCUAUCUCUAUCUAUCUAUCUAUCUAUCUAUCUCAGCCUCAUAUCUAUCAUCCUGUUCAUAUCUAUCUAUUCAGAUAUAUAUCUCAGUUCAUUAUCUAUCUCAUUUUCAUUAUCUAUCUAUCUAUCUCUCUAUCUAUCUAUCUAUCUCACCUUUUUCAUUAUCUAUCUAUUAUCUCAUUCAGAUCUAUAUAUCUAUUCAUUAUAUAUCUAUUUUCUUAUCUAUCUAUCUAUCUAUCUAUCUAUCUAUCUAUCUCACCUUUUCAUUAUCUAUCUAUCUAUCUAUCUAUCUAUCUAUCUAUCUAUCUAUCUAUCUCAUUUUCAUUAUAUAUCUCUAUCUAUCUUUUCAUUCUCUAUCUAUCUAUCUCAGUCUAUUCAGAUCUAUAUAUUUCUUCAUUAUAUAUCUCAUCUAUCUAUCUAUCUAUCUAUCUAUCUAUCUCUUGCGAGAAUAUGAGCUGCGAAUGGGAAAAAAAUGUUUCAUAUCUAUCUAUCUAUCUAUCUAUCUAUCUAUCUAUGUCUAUUCUAUCUAUCUAUCCUAUCUAUCUCAUCUAUCUAUCUAUUAUCUAUUAUGGGAUCUUACCCAUAAUAAUAAUAAUGGACUAUUCCAUACUUAAUAAAUACUGCGCCUCAGAAGAACUGGACCAUAACACUAUCUAUCUAUCUAUCUAUCUAUCUAUCUAUCUAUCUAUGUCUAUUCAUAUCUAUCUAUCUAUCUAUCUAUCUAUCUAUCUAUCUAUCUAUCUUCUUGAAUAG